CUGCUCAAGGUUUUUUUUACAGAGGGCGCUAGUGAGGUGCGGUUGUGUUGACAUGUUUGGGUUGUCACUGAAAAAAAAAUUGUACAUGAAAAAUCGAAAAUUAAGUGAAAAAGUUAAAGAUCCAGUGCAAAAUUGAUUGAAUACAUAUUUUCGGCGUAUUCAUGGUAGGUUUUCACUGUUGUCAUGGCUCAAAAAGGUUUAAAGGGGAUCAUUCCCGAUUCAAAUAGUCACGUUUUACGAAAACGAAAAAAGAAAUUAACAAGCAAGAAAGUUUUAAAAAUGCUUGCUGUUAUGGAAGCGCAGGGUGCAGGAUCAGGAAAUUCAGCCGCAAAUGCUCCCCCCACUCCUGAUAGUACAACUCAUGCUCAAGAAUUUUUAUCUACAGGCAGAACUGGCCGCAGAAAUGCAUUACCAGAUAUAUUAAGUCAACACACAAUCCAAGUGACAAGUUCGGACCUGCCUUCGAAACUGGAGGCCCUAACGACCUCGGAAAACCCGAAUGACGAUCCUCACAACCAACCGGGCACGAGUAAAAGCUGAAAGGUGACCUCGUUCUCGACUUUUAUUUAUUUUUUUUGUUUUUUUUUCGUCCUUGUAAUGUGACGUCACUUAACACGUCUCGAAGUGCGCAGCUCAAGCUCCGCCCGUUUCGGUGUUAACUUGAGGCCUACAAUACAAAUACUCAGCGCAUACGCCAGUGUAUCGUAGUGUUUAAUGUACAUAGUAAAGGUACUAAAUUAUGUUUAGAACAUGUAUGAGGGGUGAUAAAAAUUCUUCGGAUUUAUUAUUUUAUUGAGUAGUAUGUAUGUGUGUAUGCCUUUUGGCAAGACUUGACCAACAAAUAAAUAAUUUAAUACUCCAUGAGACAUUUUUUUGGGCAUAUAAGAGUUAAAAAACACCUUCUAAAACUUCUUAAAUGAUUGUUAAAAUACACUCAGAAAACGUUUUUAGCGAAAUUUUAUUAAAAACAGCUCUUAACGCAUUCAAGUGUGAGAUCUGACAGCAAAGGCUUAAUGCGCAUGCGUAGAAUAUGUGAAUAGUGCCAUUUAAAGAUUCCCGUACGAAAAUCUAUAAACAGCACAACGGUUUUUGCCUUGUUCAUCUUUUACGGGAGGAAGGAAGGCAUUCUAUAAAUCAGGCUUUAAUGUAAUAGAUGCAUGAGAAAUUAGGGCCUAAGGUAAACUGAGGAAAUAUGUGCG